UUGCUAAUCCUGAUAGCCUGGACUCUGCCAGUCAGAAAGUCCAGGAGGCAGUCGUAGACGGUGGGGUGCAAACCAAGUGUUUUGUGGAAGGUGAACUCGUUGAAGGUGGAGCCGUAGUCCACAAAGAGCAUCCUAAUUAUGGAGUCUUAUUUUCUACGUGUCGCAAGGAAUGAGAACAGCUGCGAUUGCGUUUGAGGUGGAUCUAUUGGUCCUGUAACAUAUUGAGGAGCCAAUGUGUCUGGGGUGCUACCACUCUACUAUUACUACUCUGCCACGUAUGGAGGGACACGAUGGUUGUGGUCUUGAAGCAGGGGGGAACUGCGCUCUGGCGGAGGGAAAGGUUGAAGAUGGAGGUGAAGACAUCCACCGACACAUUGCCUAUUGUAAUCGUAAUGUUUAUUAGGGAUUGAGCACUGACCAGUGCGAAAGCCCUAUUCUAAUAGUAAUGGUUAUUAUUAUUAGGGCUCGAGCACUGACAAGGUGGCGCUAGUGAGUCUGCAUGCCCGUCCGCUCGCGUACCCCUGAGCGCGCCGGGGUGCUUGAGCCCACUCAUCACUGCUUGCAGUUUUAAUUAUUAUUGGAGUUUGAAAAACACAAAAAAAUGUAAAACUGCACCGGACUGCUGUUGCUAUUUUAAAAUGCCUGAAUCAUGUAGCUACAAAAGGGAAGUAAAAUAUUAGAAACACUGUAUUUCUGCCACUACAACAUUAUUAAAUAAAUACCUCUUACAGUGUUAGUCAAAACUGACAUUUGUCUUUGUAAAGCAGAAAUUUUAUACUACUUAAUUUGUGCAAGUUUGUUGUGGCCAGUGACCAUGGGGCCCCAAGUGCAGUAAAAUGAAUAGUAUAAUUUGUUAAAUGAUCUUCCCUGGCAAUAAAAAAACAGAACAAAUACAUGUAUAUAAAUUUAUUUGAGAUAGAUCAUGUAUACAUAUAAAAACAUACAUAUAUGCUGACUUCUGGACAAUUGAUCUCCUAGUAUGGUGAGUCUGUGUGCAAACCAAAUGAUGAAUGCAGCUCGAAUUUCUCUACCUGUUAAAAAGCAUUUUGACAGGACUCAUUUCCUGCUAGGGAGAUCUCUGGUUAAACCAUUCAUUCUAACUCUGUAUCUAAAAAAUUAAACUAAAUAUGGUGGAAACACUAUAUGAAAUUAUUGCAUCCAUCUUAGAUGAACAUAAUUGUAUCUAAUAAAAGGUUUUAUCAGGCUUCAUAAUGGUCCAGGUAACCUAAUAAUAAAACACUGCCACCUAGUGGUGGUGAACACUUAGCUCACCCAAUGAGUGAUCACAGUGGAUACCUAAGAUGCAUAAACAUGAGGAAAGAUUAGGUGCAGCUCACUGUAUCAUUCUUGCUCUCCCGGGCCCGGUUUUACAAAAAUAAUCUGCUGGAAUUUGGGUAACAGAUUGGAUCAAAUGGGUUUUUCAAAAGAAAAAACAUAUCAUACAAUCCGAUUAGAUCACGUACUUCAAUGUUGGUCUUGAUCCAGAUCAAACCUUCAGUUUGGGUUGUUCAGAACUUUUAAAUAGGAUUGCGAUCACUUUGAUCCAAAAUAUCUGGAUUAAGCUGAUCCCAUCAGAAGGGUGGAUUCAACGUGGAUUUCAGACCCAAAAUGUAAUGAAACUUUAAAAUUAUAUUACAUAAUACUAUACAGUAUUUCAAUCAGGCAAUAUAGCCUACAAGAUAUCCUAUUUAUUCAUAAGGUUUUAAUUUCAUGUAUUCAUCUGUCCAACGACAGUGAUUAUGUAGGCUAUAACCUAUUCAGCCUUUUAGCCUUACAGCAAAGUAGAGUUUGGCCUCAUAAGAUAAUCCCCCAAACAGCUGUCAAUAUUUAACAAAUAUAUUUAUUUGUGAUUAUUUUUUUCAUGAUUAAAAUGUAAUGAUUUUUUCGGAUCAGACUGAGCCAAUCUGAUGUUGCCUUCUCAAAAGUAAGAUAGAUUACGUGAUCAUGGAUGAUUCUUAUGAAUCAUGGAUAGUUUAAAAAAAAAAAAACUUACCAAAUUCAGACUUAACCUUUUGAAAAACCGGGCUUUGGGUGUAAUGUUAGGACCACUUGUGAUAAAUAUACAAACAACACACAAAGUUAAGAUAAAAUUACAGUGAACAAUCAUCUGAUUAUGAUGCUUCUGCACGCUAGCAGAGAACAGUGAGAUAAGUGAGCAACAAACACUGGUGUACUGGACCACAACACAAAAGAUAAAGUGGACUACUUCAAUCCACAUUAAAACAGCCUCCUGGUGAAGGACAUAAGAGGCGCUGUGGUGGCUGGUGUAAGGCACAGUUGUGGUGCAAAACCACGGCUAAGAGAAGUACAAGUUCAAUGAUGGUGGUGUGUACGGUUGUCUAGUCGUUUGAUAUGGAUCCUACGUACAAUUUGUUCUUGCUCCUCAUCUUCAUCCAGGUGAUGGGAUCGUCCUGCAGCGCCCCCUGUUGCCUCUAGUAGAGCAUUGUCCGGCCCUCUCCCAUCAUGGGACUCGUACAGGAGGAUGUUGAGGGUCUCCUCAUAGAUGCGAGCCUCAGGGAACUCCACCUAGUGUACACGUGCAGAGGUCCACCACAAUUAAAGAGACCUGAUCCUGCUCAUUUCAGGGGCUUUUUAAAUCAUAUUGGAUCCCAGUGGGGCACUAUAGUAUGUUUAUUUAAAUAAAUACACCAUAAAUAAGGUUGUGUACAGAGUAAAUCAACAUUCUUCUCCUCUACACAGAUUCCCCAGCCUCCUCCUUGACCAUGCCUACUCUGUUCUGAUUAGUUAGAGGUCGAGCAGCAUAAAAACGAAAUCAGGGAUAAGUUAACUCAGGAGUACAAUUUAAACAUAUAACAUAGUCUGAAAAGUUGGAAUUGUUGGCUUGGACCCCCUUUCAAAGAAAUAAGAAUGCAGACAAGCGAUACAGAAAAAUGAUAAGACAAGCUUACCUUCGUCUGCUUCUUUUCGGUGGCAUAAACAAUGGAAGUGCAACACACUUCAGCAAUCUUCCGCCCUUGUCCAUAAAAGGACCAGCAGCAGAUCUCAUCCCCAAUCACAUCUUUGAUGAAGAGGACACGACCAUUGAAACGCAACGACAGCUUGUCGAACAGCUCAAUAUUUUUCAGCAUGUUGUCAUCUGAAUUGCUGGGGGGGGGAAAAAAAUACAAUUUUAUACCAUUUCUUGGGUUUUAGCUCUUUAGACAUUGGAGGCAUCCUCACCUGGUGUACGAAUACUUGUUAUUGCUUCUGUUAUACAGCAGUUUAACUGUAGGCUAUGAACACACAAUAACCAGUUUAGAGAAAAAAAAACCAAAACACUUAAUUGCACAUUCAGUAAUGCAACAUACCUUAUUUGCAGUUGCAAUAAGCUUCUGCUCCUCCUUAGAUGAUGUCAUUAGAGGCACUUUACAUAGAGGUUCAUAGGUUUCUUUGUCCUGCAGGGGAUUUUUUUAAUAGGAGUAAAAUGAAAAAUACAAUACCAGCACAAUUGUGUUUAAAGGGGACGUACUAUGCUUUUUCCACUUUUCUGACCUAUAGAUGCUGUUAAAAUUUUGUAUUUUCAUGGUAAUGGUUUAAUUUUAUUUGAACAUGUAUCAGGUUACAAUCUGUUUAUGUUACAUUUUUUCACUUCCUGCCUUCCCAGUAUGAUUUGUUUUUACACAAUAGGUCCCCUUUGAGGUCUAAUAACUUUAGAAAAAGUGCAGCCUAUUCUGGAGUCCCCCAGUGAUUGCAGUACCUGCAAAGCAGCUGUGCAUUCAUCAGCAAGGCCUUGGACGAGGUAAUACUUGGCUUCUGCAAGCAGCUCCUCAGUUUCCCGUCGGCUAUCUGGCAACAGCACUGCACCAUCUCUCAAGUAGUUCAGGAUUGUUCCAAAAUGUUUACCACAGCGAUCAAUCAAAAUCCAACCUUUAUGUGGGAAUAAAGCAAAAGUGUUGUUUCUAACUAUUCAGAUCCUUUUUGCUAUGAAGUUCUAUUUUUAAAAUGUUGCUAAGGUACUGUAUAUUUAUAUGCAAAAGGCAAAUAACGUUUCAAUUUUCUCUUAUAAUCAAGACAUUUAAAUUGCAUAAAAACUAUAAAAUCCAAGUCUUCCAUCCAAAUUAUGAAAUUGUAUGAAACAAUUACGCAAAUAUAAGACAACCCUUAAUAUGUAUUUAUAUAAGACGUGAGAAACUCCAUUUGGGCAUCUCUGUGCCAAGUUUGCAUGUUCUCCCUGUGUGUGCAUGUUUUUUCUCCAGGUAUUCCGGUUUACUCCAACAUUCCAAAAACAUGCAUGCUAGGUUAUUUGCCGACUCACAAUUGUCCAUAAGUAUGAAUAAGUGUGAAUGGUUAUUUGUCUAUAUGUGCCCUGCGAUUGGCUGGCGACCAGUCCAGGGUGUACCCCGCCUUUAGCCCAAAGGCAGCUGAGAUAGGCUCCAGAAUACCCCUGGAACCACAGUGAGGAUAAGUGCAAUAGAAAAUGGAUGGAUGAUGUUGUGGAAAAAUGUAUCAUCCUAACUAUGACAAUGCAAAGAAUUCAUUGUAAAGGAAAGGAGACAUUCUUGUAACUCUCCUGAUACCACCCUCAAAUGGGAGUUAGCUUACACCUCUAUUCUCCUGGCAUGGUUUGUCAUGGUUUGCAUCCAUGCUAGAUAACCUUCUGACUGAGAGGUCAACUAUGUUUGAAGGGACCUCCUGUUCUGACUUUUUUCUCAAGAAAGACUAUCAUACAUUCAGUUGUAGGUACAUUAGAUAUUUAAUGAGUGGCUAACCUUCACUGUCGGUGAGGACCUCCAUCCUGCCACUGAACAUGGCCUUGAGCAUGGUGUCCUGCUUGGUCAGGGUCUGCAUUGUAGUGUAGUACAGAGCGCCACCCACAUUUAGCUUCACAUAUUUCGAGCUUGGGCUGGAGCCUUUAAAGGAUGUGGUCCGGGUUGUGGCUGCCGGCACUGCCGAGCUCACGGCACUCUCUCCUGACAUCUCUUCCUGGAACACAAGAAGACAGUCCGUCAGAGCAACUUUGGUGGUUUGCGCUAAUAAGAACAGAGGGCAGGACAUCCCUUACUAUAUUAAGCACUCACGCUGACGAUGCAGUUUCAAGUUAACUUUCCUGUUUGGGGCACUCAGUCCUAUUUCCUUUUACCUGUAUGGAAGUCAUUUUGUAUGGUCAAAAUUAAAGUGUCAUUUUGGUAGGAUGUGAAUAGCUAGAAUACAAAAUUACUGUAUUAUCCCUUGAGGGAGUUUCUCAUUGUCUCAUUUGCCAAGUGCUGGCUUGGAUGGGGUUCACUUAGUUUUCUUGUGUGAUGAACAUAGUUGUUGACCUACUCAUGGAUGUUGUGAAUUGGCAUUAUGGAAAUAAAACUGACUCAACCCCCCAGAAGACACAAUACAGGAGAACUACACUUUAAACAACACUAACUCACAACCCAAGGAAUGUCAUUAAAGGGGUUUUAGGUUAUAUAAUUUGUACUCAUAAAGAUGUCUCUGAACACAUCUGAUGAUUGUUUCAAUCACUAUUUUUAUACAAUGGUGUGAAAACAAAUUUAAAUAUUAGGUGAUGACAACAUUCCCUUAUUAUCAAAAAAUGAAAAUAGCUACUCUGCUGACUUUUAAACCAGAUUUUAAUCACAAGCCCCUGCUUUUGUGUUGACUCAAUGUUAAAUGCACUAUUUUCCGGUAUAAAAUCUGCUCAAAGUUCUUAAAAAUGUAGGGUAGAGAAGUGAAUGAUGCACCAAAGUUCAAGCAUUGCUUUAAUCGGAUGAGAAUUGAUCAAAGACUUUAUUCGCAAAUUUCUAAAUAAUAAUAUUCGGAAUUACAUUAUUAUUCUGCAGAAAAAGUGCCUUGAGUUGAUCUUGUCCGUAUGACUCGACAAUCGAGAAAUGUAGUAAUUUUAUUUAAGACGGACAAGCAUAGCGCGCUAGCUUGUGGCUAUUUAGUGAUUAUGUGCUCAUACAACAGCAAAAUUACAUAAUUACAAUCAUAAUGACGAUUGCUUUAUCGACACGAACUCAAUAAUGAGUUUGUGGGGAGUCUGAAUAAAAAAAACAAGAUCAUAAUUACCAUAGAACCACAGCAGACUUCGUAACUGUAGCUUGCUAACGUAAGUCAGCUAACACCCACUUCCUUCCGGUCCAUGGCUACGCAGGUUUCACAAAGACGUCACACUCCCCAUUAAAGAGACAGUUUUACAUUAUUUGCUGUAUAAUGUACACUACACGUUUUAUAGUAAAGACAACUGUUAGAUAAACAAUACAGUUUAUAUUGUUAAAAUACCCAUCAUAUUUUAAAAAUGUUCUCAAAAUUUACAGUAAAACAAUUGGGUAAAUAUGAACGUUUUCCACACAAAAACAAAAGCCUCCCCACAAAAAAACAUGGACUAUGUGGCAUGAAAAGUACUACAUAAAUUGCAUUGUAGCUAGUUCGGGUAAUAUUACAGCAUUCUUGUUUUGCGUGUACUUAUGACAAACGCCUUUCCCUUUUGCACCAAAAUAUAAUACAUGUAUAGAAGUAGUCUAAAAAGUCUCUUUUUCAUGUUUUUUAAUGCAAUAUGUGACUUGAAUUUAAGUACAUCUUAGAGGUUAAAUCAUAAUCACACCUGAAAAUAAAUUUGAUCCCAAUUAAUUUAACUAAGAAAUAUAUGCAUUACAGUAUAAUUAAUCUUAAACGCGUUUCCACUGUUGUGUAACAGUAAAAUCCUUCCCCUUGACUCAUAAAACACACUAAACUAAAAGCUUUAUUCAACACCUGACAGACUGUUUUUGAUUAUAUUAUUUGUAUAAUUAUAAUAGUAUGGAGAUAAUAAUAUAUACAUCAUGUAAUCUGCUAAAUAAUUGAUACUGCGAGACAAACUGUGCCGACCCGGAACUUAUUUACUGAAACACCGUGGAUUAAUGGAUGCAGUUCGUGUACGGCUCUGCUCUCAUUGUUUACAUUUGUAAUGAUUUAUUCCUCCUGUUUCCGAGACUGUCAUUGGCAAGACAACAACAUGACUGUGGAGGUAUAGCACCAGGCGAGCCUUCAGGCCCAGACAACACCUUAUACGAGAACUUCCGCAGGGCGCACAAUGUUUGGGGCACCUCAAAGCGCCAAGUCGGAAUUCCUGGAUAAAGCCAGGCAGGCAAGAGAGGAGAGGAAAGGUCAGAAGGACAAGGAGAGAGCAGCAAUCCACAUCCAAUCCCUUGUCAGAAGAUUUCUAUGUCGCUGCAGGCUACAAAAAGAAAUAAGGAAAGAAGUAGAUGACUAUUUCCAGGCUUCUGCUGCAACAUCAAAACGAAAUGCACUCUCACUUUUUAAAAUUGCUCGUAAAUUACUGUUCGUUUUUCACCAGGAGGAUAAAGCGAGGUUUGAGAAGCUGUGCAGGGCUAUUCUUACCAGCAUGGAGGUUGAAAAUGAGCCUAAAGUCUGGUAUGUGUCGUUGGCGCUCUCCAAAGACCUCACAAUCCCUUGGUUGAAACAGAUUAAAGAUGUGCUGUGGACUUGCUGUCAACUACUGAAAAGCUUAAAACCUGACAUACUACAGGACAACAAAUUGGUAACGCUGUAUCUCACCAUGCUGGUCACCUUCACGGACACGUCAACAUGGCGGAUUGUCAGGGGGAAGGGAGAAGCUCUCCGACCUGCAUUGACAAGAAUUUGUGAGAAUAUCAUGGGUUAUCUCAAUCAAAAGGGAUUCUAUUCAACAUUGCAGAUCUUGUUGACCAACGGCUUGGCUCGCUCUAAACCGUCUCUCUCCAAAGGCACUUUAACAGCUAUCUUAACUCUGUCAUUAAGACCAGUCAUCGCUGCUCACUUCUCAGAUAACUUGCUCAGAUCAUUCCUCCUUCACAUCAUGUCAGUUCCAGCUGUGGUUUCACACCUGUGUGUGCUCACUCCAGAGUGUAUAGCGUCAUUUCAGACGCACAACCUUUUAAGGAGGUUUAUCCUGUUUCUCAGCCGUGAGGAACAGUGCUCUGAUAUUUGCGUGUGUCUAGAGGGAAGCCACACACUCUGCUUACUUGGGAACCUGAUCCAUUUGGGCUUCCUUAAUGAGCGAGUCAUAGAGGAGGAGGCCAAUCACUUAGUAAAGGACCUAACUGACAUGCUGUCCUACUGCCAGAGAUAUGUGUCCCAAAAGAAGUCCAACCUCACCCACUGGCACCCUGUCCUUGGCUGGUUCUCACAAACUGUAGACUAUGGUUUGAACGAAUCAAUGCCACUGGUCACUAAGCAGUUGCAGUAUCUGUGGGGCGUUCCUGUCAUUCGGACUCUCUUCAGUGACGUCCUCUCAAAGAAGUUGGAGAGUCAGGAGCCCACUCCCUCACCUCCGCAACCUAGCACUUCACAAAACAAUCUACCAGUUAAAAGUCUCUUCAAGAGAGCAUUCCAGAAGUCUGCUUCUGUACGAAACAUCUUGAAGCCAGUGGGUGGAAAGCGAGUGGACUCUGCUGAAGUUCAGAAAGUGUGUAGCAUCUGUGUGCUCUACCAGACUGCCUUGUCCACACUGACACAAAUACGCCUUCAGAUACUCACUGGUCUGACGCAUCUUGAUGAUCUCUUGCCCAAGUUGUGGGCCUUCAUCUGUGAGCUUGGUCCACAGGGAGGUCUCAAACUCUUCAUGGAAUGUCUCAACAAUGACACUGAAGAGUCCAAGCAGCUUCUGGCUAUGCUCAUGCUUUUCUGUGACUGUUCACGGCACCUCAUCACAAUCCUGGACGACAUUGAAGUUUAUGAGGAACAGACCUCCUUCAAGAUAGAGGAGCUCCUGACUAUUUCUUCUUUUUUGAACACAUUUGUGUACAAAAUGAUAUGGGAUGGUAUCCUAGAGAACGCGAAAGGGGAGAAACUGGAGCUAUUCCACAGUGUUCACGGGUGGCUGAUGGUGCUUUAUGAACGUGACUGCAGGCGGCGAUUUACCCCAGAUGACCACUGGUUACGCAAGGACUUAAAGCCCAGUUUGCUGUUUCAAGAGCUUGAGAAAGGCAAGAAAAGAGCCCAGUUGUUACUGCAAUACAUUCCACACGUGAUUCCUCAUAAAAAUAGGGUGCUGCUGUUCAGGAACAUUGUCACGAAGGAGAAAGAGAGUCUCGGGUUGGUUGAAACCAGCUCCGCCUCACCGCAUGUCACCCAUAUUACUAUUCGCCGGUCACGCAUGUUAGAGGAUGGAUAUGACCAGCUCCGCCGCUUACCUGUGAAUUCAAUAAAAGGCGUCAUUCGAGUGAAGUUUGUGAAUGACUUGGGAGUGGACGAAGCCGGUAUUGACCAGGACGGUGUCUUUAAAGAAUUUCUAGAAGAAAUCAUUAAGAAAGUUUUCAACCCCGCUCUCAACCUCUUCAAGACCACCAGUGGAAAUGAGAGGCUGUAUCCUUCGCCUACUUCCUACAUCCAUGAGAAUCAUUUGCAGCUCUUUGAAUUUGUGGGGAAGAUGUUAGGGAAAGCCAUAUACGAGGGUAUUGUGGUGGACGUCCCUUUUGCCUCCUUUUUCCUCAGUCAAGUAUUGGGUCACCACCACAGCACUUUCUAUAGCUCCAUUGAUGAGCUGCCCUCACUGGACUCUGAGUUUUACAAGAAUCUCACCUCCAUCAAGCGCUAUGAUGGAGAUGUAGGGGAUCUGGGACUCACAUUAUCAUAUGAUGAAGAUGUUAUGGGGCAGCUAGUUUGUCAUGAAUUGAUACCUGGAGGAAAGACCAUCCCAGUCACCAAUGAAAACAAGAUCAGCUACAUCCACCUCAUGGCUCACUUCCGGAUGCACACGCAGAUUAAGGAGCAAACUGCGGCUUUCAUCCGGGGCUUUCGUAGCAUCAUCAACCCGGAAUGGCUGCACAUGUUUUCUACACCCGAGGUUCAACGUCUUGUCUCAGGAGACAAUGCUGAGAUUGACUUGGAUGACCUCAAAAAGCACACAGUCUACUAUGGAGGUUUCCAUAGCAGCCAUCGUGUCAUCAUCUGGCUGUGGGACAUCCUGUCCAGUGACUUCACCGCUGAGGAGAGGGCGAUGUUCCUGAAAUUUGUUACCAGCUGUUCAAGACCUCCUCUCCUUGGGUUUGCCUACCUCAAGCCACCUUUUUCAAUUCGUUGUGUGGAAGUGUCAGACGAUCAGGACACCGGGGACACCCUUGGUAGCGUCCUCAGAGGCUUCUUCACAAUCCGCAAGAAGGAGCCUGGUGGUCGACUGCCCACUUCUUCCACAUGCUUCAACCUGCUCAAGCUGCCCAACUACAGCAAGAAGAGCAUCUUGCGUGACAAGCUGCGCUAUGCUAUCAGUAUGAACACCGGCUUUGAACUCUCAUAACGCCUGUUGAACAAGAACAAUCAACAUGGGAUGUGGAGCGGCCUGACCCAGGAGAAAGGCUCUGCUUGCUGAGAACUUCUAUAAAGUUAAGGAGGAGUCAUGAAGAACUACUCCAUUUUGUCUUAUUCAAACACCCGGAGGAUUUCCAUUUAAACUCCCUUACAGUGAAAUGGGGAUGCUGAUUUUGCAGCACAAUCACAUUUUUCACAUUUUCCUUAGCCAUACCUGAAAUCCAAGGUCAUAGAUACUGUUUAACUCCAUGAAAUCCAUAUUUAUAGUGGCUCAGUCUUGGUUUCUCAGGCUUAACACAAUCUUUUUUUGAAGUGAACUGGAAAGCAAUACAGAUGCAAUGCAAGCCAUUAGACAUGUGAAAACAAAGUGAUGCAAUGGUAAUACACUUACAAAUUUGGACUUUGGUUUCCAUGCAUCCUUGAGAGGGUAUCGAAUGAGUCCUGAAGUGUUUUCCAUUCAGUAAAUGCAAUUCAUCCAAGAAGACACAUUGGUGUCUUAUGUUCAACCUCACCCGUCCUGUGUUGCUGACACUACAGCCCAUUUCUGGGAAAGUGAUGUUACUCAAUUUCAAGACAGGACAGUCUCUUUUUUUGUCUUUACACCGAUAUGGUGUGUACUUUAAAAUUGAAGAUCUGCUUUAUUUGUGGUGGAGCACCACAAUUUCUGCAUAUGGAAGAUUGACGUUUUGUUUUAUUUAAUUUUUUUAAUAUCGAAGUCAGUUUUUUUUUUGGUCAUGCAUCUUUUGCGUUUGUUAUAAAAUACCCAAAAAUGUCUCGCCACAUCUUGCGUGCGUUGAGGUUUUAUACUUCAUACUAGUAAGACAUGAACAUCACUACACCUUUUGAUUAACGCUGAGUGCCUCAUGUACCGUCAUCCUCCCUUUUGCUUACACACCUCUGAUUGUAUUUCAAGUGUAACCAAUAAUGUUAUAUAUUGGAAACAAGCCAUAGAAGCGGGGCUGAGCUUAUUCUCAGAAACCCAACCAAUCUACUACCACUACAAUAACAACAGAGCCUUGAGGCUUUGACAGUUCUCCCGUUGGCCUUUCAAAGCCAUGUAGUGACGAAUUACCAGUUUAAAGAAGCCUCCUAAACAUGAUGUCAUGGACUGGCUCACCAGCCUAAUGGGACUACUGCUCGAUUUCAUGUUUCUUUGGAUGGAAAUGAUGGAGAAAUGUUUCUGCUGUUGGGGAAUGUUAACUUGUAGGGCUAAGUUUAAUCUUAGUCAAGAAUGAACUUGAAUAGUUCAGCUAUCAGUGAAAGGUUAUAGAAGCAAGCAUAAAAACACAACCAAAUCUGUCAUUAUGCAAAGAAAAAAAAAAAAACUUGUCUGCCAUGAAAGAGUAUAGAUCAUUUUGUCGUUAUGUCAGCGCUACCAUGUUGGCUACUCUACACAAAUAUACACAAGUCCUUCACAAUAUCAGUGCAAGUCAGUGUCUGUCCCCAUGAUGUACAACAUAAAUGUCAUUAUUGGACAGAGAGUAGCAUUUUGUACUUUUUCACAAAUUUCAACAAGGUGCGGGUCUAUGGAAAAGUCAAUUGUAUGAAAGCAGUAAAUUUGAGGGUACCACCGCACUAACAAACCAAAACCUUGUGUGUUAACUUAAAAUGUACAAUGUUUACUUUUUUUUAAGUGUUUAACACACAAAUUCUAAAUUCAGCCCAUAAUAUUUGUUGUGGUUAAAGGGCAAUCAUUGAAUUUAAAACUCCAGAAAAUGAUUGUUGGGACAGCACAAGUCUUUUUUUUCACUUCAGUCACUAUUCAGUAACUAUUUAACAAUUCAAAUAAUAAAUAACAAAAAAAUCAUAUAUUCUUUUAUAUUUAAUUAUUACUUAUUUGGUUCUCUAAUUGGCUUAGAGAAAACACAUUGACCUCAUUUGCUGGGCUACCUAACAAAAUACAAUUGCGUGCGACUAUAAAGCCGACAUUUUUAUUUUUAGUGUACUAAAGCCUACUAACUUUUCCCCAUCCAUUAGGAUGACCUUGAUGUGCACACAGAAGUUCAAUUUCAAAUGAUGUCAACAGUAAUGCACUCAACUUUUAGUACGAAAAUGCCAUCAGAGACAUUGUCCGUUCAUAUGAGAUUUGAAUUGUCUUAAGUGUCUUUCAAGCUGAUUGCACUAUGGAGUGAUAUUUGUACAAAGCGUCUUCUGUGUGUGGGAGAUAUGUCAUGUUAAAUAAUGCACACCAG